UAAGCAUAUUUGAGACUCAUAACAACACAAAGUGGUCCAUAAACUUGAAGAGGAAGAUUUGGAGUAACUUAUUAAAAGAUAUAGACAAAAUGUCUGUGAUAAAAAUAUUUAAUCAGCUUGGAAUAAUCCAUAACUUCUCAUAGGACAUCAUAAAUUAAUUCCUUUUUUUUUUUUGGCAGAUAACCCUUUUCACAGUCAUCCUUUCUCCACAUUCAUGAAGUCAUGCAGCUGAACAAUAAUGUGACUGAGUUCAUUCUACUUGGGUUGACACAAGAUCCUGUUAGGAAGAAAAUUGUUUUCAUCAUUUUUUUGGUUUUCUAUCUGGGGACACUGAUGGGUAACUUGCUGAUUAUCACCACCAUCAAGACCAGUCAGGCACUUGGGAGUCCAAUGUACUUCUUCCUUUUCUACUUAUCCCUAUCAGACACCUGCUUCUCCACUUCCAUCGCCCCUAGAACGAUUGUGGACAUGCUUGUGGAGCAGGCCACUAUUACUUUCAGUGAGUGUAUGAUCCAGGUCUUUACAUUCCAUUUCUUUGGCUGCCUGGAGAUCUUCAUCCUUAUCCUCAUGGCCGUGGACCGCUAUGUGGCCAUCUGUAAGCCCCUGCACUACCCGACCAUCAUGAGCCGCAGGGUCUGUGCAGUGUUGAUGGCCAUGGCCUGGGUGGGAUCCUGUGUGCACUCCUUAGCUCAGAUUUUUCUGGCCUUGAGUCUGCCUUACUGUGGACCUAAUGUGAUCGAUCACUAUUUCUGUGACCUAGAGCCCCUGUUGGAACUUGCCUGUGCAGACACUUACGUGGUCAACCUGCUCCUGGUGUCCAACAGUGGGGCCAUUUGUUCAGUGAGUUUUGUCUUACUGAUAUUCAACUACAUUGUCAUCCUGCAUUCUCUCAGAAACCAUAGUGCUGAAGGGAGGAGAAAAGCCCUCUCCACCUGCAUCUCCCACAUCAUCGUGGUCUUCUUGUUCUUUGUACCUUGCAUAUUUAUUUACACACGCCCUGCCACCACCUUCCCCAUGGAUAAGAUGAUAGCGGUGUUUUACACGAUUGGAACACCUUUGCUCAACCCUCUGAUUUACACACUGAGGAAUGCAGAAGUGAAAAACGCCAUGAGCAAGUUGUGGAGCAAGAAGUUGAUCUCAGAUAUUAUGUAAUGAAAGGAUGUUUCAAGUCCUUCAUAGUUUGAAUGGACCUCAAAAAAGGCAAUAGAGAAUAUCACCUUUUCAUUGUUGGUUGAAUACAAUAAUAUCUUAUGCUUAGAGACUUGUUCCAUCAUCCCUUGUCAUCAUCUUUUUCUUCCUGACUCAUGCAAAAUGUUAGAUUUAAGUAUGUAGAGAAGUUUCCUGUUGUAACCAACAGUAUAUACACUUUGGGUAAUUUUUCUUUCAACUCUGGAUUAUACUGUGAAAACUGAUUUUGUGUUUACCUAGAUCCUUCUAGAACAGCGAUGGAAUACAGAGAGAAAACUUCACUCUUCUGAAAGUUGCCUUUAUCUCAUUUAUUGUGUCUGUAGUCAUGUGAUUCUUUUGGUAAAAUUUGCUUUUUACUCCUAAUUUGAUCCUCUCUAAAUUGGGGGGAAUUAUUAGUUUCUCUCACAUCACAAUUAAUUUCUCUUGUUUACAAUAGAAUGCUAAUUACUGAACCUAUAUAAGAGCACAUAUACCUCAAAUUAAGGUAGAAAUUAUUAUGUGCCCUAGAGACAGUGGGUACACUCACUAGAUCACAGAGAAUCUGAAAAUACUAACAUACUAAUCAAAGAAUGUGACAACUACAGGAAUGUUUUUUGAGUGCAGUGACCUCUACUUUCCUUAACAAAUCAGCUCUGACUUGCAAAAUCAAGGUCCUGCAGUUGGCCAAAUUCACUUUCUUAUAUCUUUCAAAGCUCAUUGUUCAUCUAUUAAUACUUAAUUUUCAACCCAAUAGUCCCUACAUAAUCCUAGACGUUCCCAUUUCACUCAUGAUCCCAAGAAACUAGACACUGUAUUGCUACGUAACAUUUUUGGUGCAGUUCUCUACAGAUGUUCUGGUUAAUAUUUGUCUUCUUCCUACUUAUAACUAAAAAUGAAGAGUAUUUAGUUAUUUUAUUUCUUGAAUUUCGUAAAAGUUAUAACAGGUAUUUUAGAGAUAAUGAAUCAGGCACUAUGGUUCAGUCAGUCUCAAUUAACGUAGUUAUUAAAAAUAGAAAGCUUUUUUUCUUAAAAAAUAUCUGACCAAAAAUGAAGUGCCUUUGUAGAUUCAAGGAAAAAUUAGAGUCAUUAGUAACUCAAGAUUCUGGAAAGUUAGAUUUCUAUCCUCUGUAAUAUUCUCUGAGCUUGGAUGCAAUUCAUCAUUUUCUUCUUAAUUUUUAUUUUCUUUUUAUUAUCUGUUUAUCUCUGCUUGUCCAAAACAUAUCCUUUCACAUGGCUUCAGGCUUUAAGAUUCUCUCUUGUGUCUCUGAAGCUUCUCCCCACUUCAUCCAGACUGUCAGUUUCUGUUGUCAGAAUUCCGGAGAAGAAAUCUGAAUAUAUCUGUUCUUGCACUGAGCAUAAUGAGUGUAAGUAACCUGUAAUCUGUGAAACAACCAGCUUAGGUUAGGUGCCAUCCCUGGUACAUCUACUGUGAUUAGGUAGGAAGACAGAAAAGGCUAAUAGGAGUCCAAAUUUUGGAGAAAUUGAAUAGGACCCCAUGAUGUUUAUUCAUCAUGGACUUUUAACAAGUAAGCAUCUUGAAGAAAAUAAUGAAAAUGUUGUAUUAGCUAAUCAAAAAUAGGUCUAGAAAUUUUAAUCAUUGGCAAAAAUGGGAAAUAUUUAUUUGCUAAAUUUCUUGCUUUUCAGAUUCUACAACUAUUUUGCACUAAGUUGAAACAUCUCAGAAAAUGAAGAGUUUAGAUUUAAGAUUUUAAAAUAAUAUCUCUUGGGCUUGAGAAAAUUACUUUAAAUUUUCUACUCUACCAUAAACUUAUUUAUUUUGCCCCUAAAUGAAUGCUGCUCUACUUGGAACAAUAUUUUUUAUAGCUUUCCUUGAUAGAUCUUAAGGAUUACAUGUAUUUAUUCUAAGUUAAAUUAGUAUUUCACUUAGAAAGCAGAGUUUUUGUUGUUGUUGUUGUUGUUGUUGUUUUGAUGAGCAGAAGAUGUCUGUGUACAGAAUUCUGUUUCCUUCCUUAA